GCUGUACCGAAAUGGAAGGAGAAGUACUGGUGUUUCAACUUUAUUCUGCAAUUGAGAUUUGGACUUGAUAGUAAAAAUAGCAAGCAUCUGAAUCUCAAGAAAAGUUGGUUCAAAGAGAGAACAUGGAAUGAUUGAUCUUACCUACCAUUCUAACUCCCAACUUCCUAUUUCUGGAUUUGGACCAACCCUCCCCCUCUUGAUUUUUCACGGUUUAUCCCUCAGAAGUCAGAACUCUGUUUCCAUUUCCAUGCCUUGAGAGACAAAACCAAAACCCUUGUCAACUCCUCCAUGAUUCCUCCUCCCCGUCCUUUCCUUUUGUUCUUCGUUUCAGAGAACCAAAAACAGAGCACUUCACAGUCUUCUUCUUCUUCCUCCUCCUAAUCUUUUUCUGCUUCUGCUUCUUGUUUCAAGGUCGAACAUGGCCUUCUAUGAGGAGUGUGAUUAUCUCUUUAAGGCUGUCCUGAUAGGAGACUCUGCCGUUGGUAAAUCAAAUCUCAUUUCAAGGUUCUGCCGAGAUGAAUUCCGCCUGGACUCCAAGCCUACAAUUGGAGUUGAAUUCGCUUACAGGAACGUAAAGAUCGGAGACAAACUCGUCAAAGCUCAAAUAUGGGACACAGCAGGACAGGAAAGAUAUAAAGCAAUAACUAGCUCUUACUAUCGAGGAGCUUUGGGUGCUCUACUUGUAUAUGACAUAACACGACGAGUGACAUUCAGUAAUCUGAAAAAAUGGCUGCAGGAGCUUAGACACUUUGGUGAGUCUGAAUUGGUGAUUGUGUUGGUUGGCAAUAAGUCUGAUUUGGGGCACAAUAGAGAAGUUACUGAAGAGGAAGGACAAGAAGUUGCUGAGAGAGAAGGCCUUUGCUUCAUGGAGACAUCUGCUUUGGAAAAUUUGAAAGUGGAAGAUGCAUUUCUGCAAAUGAUCAUGCAAAUUUACGAGAUUUCAAGCAAAAGACUACUGGAGGCAAAGAUCAAUGAAGCAUCUAUGCCUGCUGGUAAAACAAUACUCAACAUAGAUGAAGUAUCUGAAACCAAACAACAAAGCUGUUGUUUGGGGUGAUUGAUUUGCUUCAGACAACAUUCUCUAAUUCCAUUUAGUUUACACAUUCCUUUUAUUUUACAUUUUUUUUUUAAUUUCUCCUUCUCUUUUCUUUUGUUUAUUUGAGUCUCCUUUGAAAGCUCAAGAUAUUAUUUAAAGCCCAAUUACAAAGCUAGAGAAA